GCUCCCGGGGCGGGCGGCGCGGCCGGGCCCCCGGCGGGUCCGUGCGGGGCGGCGGGGUCCGGGCCGGUCCCGGUGCCCAUGAACCUGUUCGCCACCUGGGAGAUCGACCGCUCGGCGCCCAGCUGUGUGCCCCGGCUCUGCAGCCUGCGCCUGAAGAAGCUGACUGUGCUGAGGGAGCUGGACAAGGAGCUGAGCUCGGUGCUCAUCGCUGUGAAGAUUCAGGGUUCAAAGCGAGUCCUGCGAUCCAAUGAAUACGUCCUUCCACCCGGGGGCCUGAUGGAAACUGACCUGGAACUGACUUUUUCUUUACAGUACCCGCAUUUCCUGAAGAGAGAUGGCAACAGGCUGCAGAUUAUGCUGCAGCGAAGGAAGAGGUACAAGAACCGCACAAUCCUGGGCUACAAGACUCUGGCGGUGGGAAUCAUUAACAUGGCGGAGGUGAUGCAGCACCCCACAGACGGAGGGCAGCUUCUGGGCCUCCACAGCAACAUGAAGGAUGUGAGCAUCCGAGUGGCUGAAAUCAGCAUCUACUCCCUGUCCAGCCAGCCCAUUGACCAUGAAGAUGGCAGCGUCCCCUCCGGCCCCAAAAUCAAAGCCUCGGAUCGCUCCCCAGACAUGGAUAACUACUCGGAGGAGGACGACGACAGCUUCUCUUCAGAGCAAGAGGCCAGCGAUGAUGCUGUGCAAGGCCAGGAUCUGUACGACGAAGAGGAUGAAGUGAGGAAGCCGAAGAAAGCCCGGAGGAAAAUGAUCAGAACCACGUCCCUGAGCAGACAACCGAACUUCAAGCAGAAAUUCGUUGCUUUGCUGAAGAGAUUUAAAGUGAUGGAUGAGGUUCUGGACUCCGACCCGGUGGGUCAGACCCGAGAAGUGGAGGAGGACCUGGGGCUGCUCUACGACAGCUUGGAGGAAUGCAACAACAGCGACAGCGGCCCCGAGCUGGAGGAUAACGAGAGCGUGCGCAGCACCCCCAAGCCCACCCUGAGGCGUUUCUUUGAGGGCGUCUCUCACUCGGGUUCCCAGACUGAGAUCGGCCAGAAAGGGCAGGAACAGGAGUCCGGCAGCCCUGGACAAGCAGAGAAGCGAAAGGCCGGAGCGCCGCGGGCCCUGGAGGAGGUGGGCGUGGAGGUGGUAGCCGCGGUGCUGGAGGCGGAGGAGCCCUCCCCACGCCCCGGGGCGGCAGAGGCAGCCGGGCGGGAGAGCAGUGUUGACAGGCUGGCCCAGCUGGCCAGCGCCGGCAAGCCCGAGCCCCCGAACGCUGUGUCGCCCAGCAAAGCUGAGAGCAGACAGGUGUGGCGGCCCCGCAGCACCUCCAUGAAGGACCGGCAGAACUCGAAGGGGCAGAGCGACCGCGCCAGCAGCCUGGACAGUGAGAGCUCGCCGGACUCGCGGCACAGUGCCCAGGUGCCCCGGAAAUCCGUCUAUGAUCAGCUGAACCAGAUCCUGAUCUCAGACGAGCAGCUGCCGGAGAGCAUCGUCCUGGUGAAUGUCGCCGAGUGGCAAGGGCAGUACCUGAGCGAGCAGCUCCAGGCGCACAAACAACCCGUCAUCUCCACCUGGUCCGUGGCCGACGUCCAGGCUGCCUUCAACACCAUCGUCGCCCGCAUCCAGAGAUACUGUAACUGCAACUCUCACGUGCCUCCCCCAGUCAAAGUGGCCGUGGCGGGAGAGCAGAGCUACCUGAGCAUCGUGCUGCGGUUCUUCGUGGAGCAGCUGGCCAGCAAGACCCCCGACUGGCUGAACUACCUGCGCUUCCUGGUGGUGCCACUGGGCUCACACCCGCUGGCCAAGUACCUGGCGUCCGUGGAUGGGAGGUACAGCGCCCUCUUCCUGGACACGGCGUGGCGGGAGCUGUUCAGCCGGGCCGAGCCCCCCAGCGCAGAUACCGUGGACGUCCCUGGCCGCGUGGCUCAGUUCAUUGCAGGAGCCGGCCAGUCUCACCAGCUGCCCAUCUCCGAGGCCAUGCUGACGUACAAACAGAAGAGGAAGAGAAGCCUCUAUUUUGAUUUUUAUAUCAGCCCAGACGACGACUCCUGCCAGAAGUUUGUGCCAUUUGUUGGGGUGGUGAAGGUGGGGCUCGUGGAACAGUCCUUCAGCGCCUCAGUGGACUCUGACGAUGCCACGGUCUGCACCAGUUCCCUGCUGAGCUCCGCACCUCCAGCCAGCGCAGGGACCCCCCACAGCAAGGAGGCCAUGGGCACCCCACCACCCUCCCCGUCCGUCAGCAGCAGCCUCUCGGGGACUGGGUCCCUGAGCCCCGGCGUGGAGGUGAUGGGCCUGCAGGUCGACUACUGGACGAGCCAGGGGCCGGAGAAGAAGAAGGAGGGAGAGAAGCGGGAGAUGGGCUUGAAGAACACACUGAAGAGCAACUUCCGGUUGCUGCAGGUCAGCCGCGUGCCCGGCGCCGGGGAGCUGGUCCCCCCCAGCACCAUGGCCAUGACCGUGGUCACCAAGGAGAAGAACAAGAAAGUGAUGUUCCUGAGUAAGAAACCCAAGGAGAAGGACCUGGAGCCCAAAAGCCAAGUCAUCGAAGGGAUUACGCGCCUGAUCUGUACGGCUAAGCACCAGAACACCAUGCUCCGAGUGUCCAUCGACGGGGUGGAGUGGAACGACGUGAAGUUUUUCCAGCUAGCCGCACAGUGGCCAACCCAUGUCAAGCAUCUCCCCGUGGGCAUCUUUGGCUACUCGAAGAGCGUGUGAGCCAGCCGGGCGGCCUGGGAGCCGGGACUCUGCUGAGUGUGGCAGGAGGCAGUGAUGGCCAUGGCCUGUCCCUUCUGCUGGGCAGUGGGAGAGGUUCCUGCUGCCCCGCUCCAGGCCCUGGCUGUUCCCACUGUCUCUCCCCCACCUCGCCCCAGGGGGCUUUUAACAUGCAGCUGGAACUGGUGCAACAGGGGCAGCCACGGGGCUUCCAGAGCUGCAGCCCCCCAAGCCAGCCUCCCACGACCCGGGGGCAGGGGGCCCACCCCACGGAAGGGAGGGGGACUGGGAGCUGCUGGAGGGAGUCUUACUAGUGCUGCACCAGCAGAACAGGCUGCUCUGGCUCCCGCCCGGGGGCUGGCUCAGCCAGCUGCACCCUCAGUCACGCCCUUUCGGAAGCCCCAGGGCCCCACUGGCAGCUCCAGGGAGUUGAGGGGUCUCUGCCCCAUGCUGCCAUUGCUCAAGGCCCCGGCAAGCCUGGGCCCAGCCCCCCCCCACCCGCUAGGGAACACGGGGGCCUAUGGACCAGCUGAGGCUCUCCUAGCGCUGCACGUAGGGGCCUGCUGCAGCGAGCCUG